UGUGAUCUCGUUUCCCCCUUUAAAACAGCGGAACUCUCCCCGAAGGCGUAACUGCUGCUAUCGCUGCUACUCUCGAUCGGAUUGUCACUAAAACACAAUGGACGGCAGGAGCUACGGUUCUGGUUACUCCAGCUGGGGAGGUGGCGGGUCAGGAAGCAGAGGUUCCGGUGGCUUUGACCUAUAUGGGGGAGGAUAUAAAGACUCGAUGUCCGGGCUCGGGGGCUACGGGGGAGGGGGCCACAUGAAGAGAGGUCUCUCAGGAGCAUCCCUGCUCUCGUCCACGGGCACACAUGCAGAUGCAGUCAUUGCCAAGAUUAACCAGCGCCUGGACAUGCUCACUCAGCUGGAGGGGGGGCUGAAAGGAACUCGGAGUGACAGGUAUGACCACUACGAGUCAUUCGACUCGCGCGCCUCCGCUCUCACCUCCUCCCGAGAUCUCUACAGAUCUGGCGGCGGUAGCUAUGGUUAUGGCGAUGGUCGUGAGGACAACAUGCUGUUGAGUCAGCGAGGAGGCUCGGGCUUCGGAGGGGGAAUUGGGCUAGGGGGAGGAGGAGGCUUUGACAGCCCCUCCUCUUCCUAUGGAGUCGCUAAAAUGCGACAGAAUAUGAGAGAGUCGUUCAACAGUGGCCAGGGAGGAGGCUCUGGAGGUGGAGGAUGGCCUGGAGCAGGCCGACGUUCCCCCAGAAGGGGUGGAAGUGCCGGGGGUCGAGAAGCUGGAGGAGGGUUUGGAAACCGCAGGUCUGACCCCACUCCAUUAGGCGGAGGUGGGCGGGGAAGUGGCAGUGGUAGCCAGUCCCACCGCGGCCACUCUCCAGGAGGUGGUAGAGGCAAGCUCCCAUCCCUCCUGUCCAACCGCAUGUACCCCGAGAGCGGGGGCUUCCAUCAGGGUUCCACUCAAGGGCCUCACGACUUUCCUGGGAGGCAUUUUGGAGGGGGCCCACGGGCUGGCCGCCAGCGAGGCCGCAAGAGACCCCUCAACAAACAGGUGAAGCCACAGCGGGAGGUCCAGAAGAAGAGGAAGCAGACUCUUACUGCAGCGGAUGAGCCAGAGUCCAAGAUAAACCGGACAGAGAGUGCAGGAUCAGAAGCUUCCCAAGAGCGAGCGGAGAAAAAUGGGGACGACGUUGAACCAAAAACUGCAGCUGCGGAGAUGAAACCUUCUGCAGAUGGAGAUAAAGCUUCACCCAAACAGGAGGAGAAGAAAAGUCCGCCGGGCAAACAGACCCCGCCCCCCAGUCAGGACAAGCACCCGAAGAUGAGGAAGAGGAGGGGCUUCCUGGAAAGGGUGAUGUUCGCCUGCUCUGUGUGCAAGUUCCGUUCGUUCUACAAGGAGGAAAUGGAAACUCAUCUCGACAGUCGCUUCCACAAGGACCACUUCAAGUUCCUCUCCGGCCAACUGUCCAAGCCCACGACAGACUUCCUGCAGGAGUAUUUGCAGAACAAGUUUAAGAAGACAGAUCAGAGGGUCGGCCAGUUGGAAAACCACAGCGCUGCUAUCUGCCAGGUGUACAAAGAGCAGGACCUCACCCGGGAUCUCGGUAUGGAGCACUUCAUGAGGAAGGUGGAAGCCGCCCACUGCGCAGCAUGUGACCUUUUCAUUCCCAUGCAGCCACACCUGAUACAGAAACACAUCAAGUCUCCAGACCACAACUUCAACCGCAAGGGAAUGAUGGAGCAGUCCAAGAGGGCCAGUCUGUCAGUGGCUCGUAGCAUCCUCAACCACAAACUCAUCGGCAAGAAGCUGGAGAGCUACCUGAAGGGUGAAAACCCGUUCACUGGUAACCUAGACGACCAGGAUCCAGAGGACUCGAUGGUGAUGGACGUGUCUGAGCUCGAGUUAACUGGCGAUGGAGCAGACAGCCAGACCGAUGAGGGGCCACCCCAGGAAGAGCCGGCAGCUGAGGGGGAGACGAGCCAAGAGGUGGCCGAGGAUGAAGAAGAAGAAGACGACGCAACAGAAGAAGAAGCAGCAACAGAGGCAGCAGUAGAAAAAGAAGAAGCAGCAGCAGAGGAGGAGGAAAAGAUGGAGGCUGAGGGGCAGGAUGGAAAGGAGGAGCAAGGGAACCAGGAAGAGGAGGAAGGUCUUGAAGUGGAGGAGGAGGAAGAGGAGGGAUACGUGGUGCACGAUGAGAUUGGCGAUGACGAGGGAUUACUGGGUGAGGAGGAGGACGAGGGAGUAGAGGCAGCCGAGGUAGAGGAGGAAGACAAGAAGGAUGAAUGACUUUUGCACAGUGUGUGUGACUUGGACCCCCCCCCCCCCCCCAGGCAGGCCCAUACAACCUAAUCUCAUGAUGCUAAGAAAUCUAAAUCCCUGCUCCCUCCAUUUCACUGCCGAUGACUCUGAGCUUGUAUCGUUUUAUUUUUGUUAAAGGAGUAGCUCCACAUGUUGGGAGAAGCUGUUCUUCCCGGAGAUGAGACGCUCUGAAAGGUUUAGCUGCGUCACGUCGGCCUCUCUUCGGGGGGGUUAGUGUUUCCUCUUCAGACUUUUCUUGUGCCUUUUUGUUCAAAGUAUUCUUAAUUUGGAUUAGGUGGUUUAGAAUUGUUUAAGAUGAAAGAUUGUGUGUACUUCUUUCUUAUCAGUGUACAUAAUGUGUCCUCUGCCAGUGUCGUGGAGGGUUUUCCAGCGUUUUGGUCAAAUCUAGAAAGUGAGUGUUUUUUAUUCUACAGCUGGGGGAGGGGGAGGUAAUCGACUGUCUGUAGAAUAAGUAUUAUAUUUAGAAUGGAUAUCAGUCAUGUAACAAACAAAUAAAUGUGUUGAAUAAA